AUGGGCGAUAAGGCAAUUGGGCCUCAGAUUCCGACAGUUUCCGCUGUUGAAGCGGAUGAAAGUAAGCUUAUGUUUGAGUUUUUCUGGGUUUAGGAAGCCUUGAAUGCCGAGCACCGUUGUAAAAUCGGUCUUCCCAGUGUUCUGAUUUUUUUGUCCAGAUGACAUUUUAUUGAGAGCGAAUAGAUGUUUCUAUCUUUAUAGAGAAGAUGAAUGUCUUGAAUCUUAAAAAUAACCAAGCACUUCUUUUCAGAUGCAACCGAGAAUGAAGAAGAAGUAAUGGCAGAGUUCCAACGAAGAAUGGCGGCCUUAGAAGCUGAGGAGAAGCAGAAAGAAGCCGAAGAAUCAGACGAUUCUGACGAAGAUGAGGAAUUCGAGGAAUUAUCUGAUGAAGAUGUCGAGAUGGAUGAGAACAAAACGGAUGCAUUAUCAGAGGUUUCUGAGGAGAGCUUAAUUACAUUUUUGGAAGAUUUCAAAGCCAAGAAAGUGGAGGCGACGCCGUCAGAAGUGGUCACCAUGUAUCAACAACUGCUAUCUGUGAACCCAUCACUUUCAUACAUUUGGAUUGAUUACUGCAAAUAUCUGGAGAGUUUGAAUGAUCACGCCGUAAGUGUUUCAACAUUUUUUAUGUUUUAAACAUAGGUAUCAUGCUAGUGAAUUUUCUAAUUAAGCAUUAAUUAUAUAAAUUCUUUUCAGAGAGCCCUUGAAGCUUAUGAAAAAGGACUAAAACUGCAUCCAUAUGAAACUCCAUUGGUACAGAAUGCAUUGUUAGCUUGUGAGAAGGCGAAUACUGAUGUCUCUGUCAUCAAUAAAAUUUUUGAAGAACAUGAAGAUAAAUUGGAGAGUGCGGAAGCUGGAAAACAACUUUACACUACAUUCAUUUAUAUUCAUAGACGAUUGGGGGCGUCUGUCAAGCAACUAGACGCUCUUUUCCAGCAAGGGAUCAAGAACUUGGAGGGCUAUUUCGAUAAAUAUUGGGACGAUGACACAAUUUUCCGGCAAAAUUACGCGUAUUUUCUAUAUUCCAGAAAGAAAGCACCUGAGGAAGUAAGUUUAUUACGUUUUUUUUAUGAGAAGCUUCAUUUUGAUUUAUUGGUGCUUUUGUGUUUUGAUGGUAAUGUUAUUAAUUUAAUAUUAUUUCAGGCCUAUCAAGUUUGGCGGAGCAUUUUGAAGGGAAAUGGGAACAAAGAAGAUCUGUGGUUGGAAUUUGUACGGCUUGAAAGGUUCUUCGGAACGGUUGAAAAUGCACGGAAAUUGCUUUAUGAGGCUGUAAAUUCAGUGAAUGAACCUCUUAAACUCUUCAAUGUUUUCAUUCAGUUUGAGAGAGAAGAGGGGAACCGCGAACAAGUUGACAAGGCGCUGGUGAAAAUUAACAAUCGAUGGCAUCAAAUUAAUGAGCGAAAGGUGAAAGAAGCGGGAAAACAACAAAAAAGAGGGCCUACCCCAAAAGGAAAGGGGGAAGUUCAGAGACCGGCUAAGAGAACCAUCUUGGGGGAAAUUGAAGUGGGGAAAAAGAAGAGGAAGGUGGAAGAUGAGAGGACUCCAGAAAAGUCACCGAAUCUGGAUAAGGAUGGUUUUGCUGUCCCGAUCUUGCCCUUGAAGACGAAGCCCAAGAAAGAUGAGAAGACGGAAGGUAGUGGUCAAAAGGAGCCUGCAGAAGGAACCAAUGGGAUUCAAGAAGGAGGAGAUAUGGAAGCAGAGAGUAGUAGAGCAAGCCCCGAGGGUAGGAGGUUUACAUUUGAAAAUAUCACUUUUCGAAAAUUUCAUUUUAGAUGUUGUUACCCUUUAUAUAUCUAACCGUACCUUAUUUUCAGGAAUCCCCGACCGAACUGUUUUCUUAUCGAAUAUCAACUUCAGCUGGAAGGAGUUUGAUGUCCGAAAAUUGUUCCCAAAUGCGAUUGAAAUACGAAUGCCAAUGCGAAACAAAACCCAGUCCAAAGGCUACGCUUAUGUUGAUUUUGGGACGAAGGAAGAAGCUUUGGAAGUACUGGCUCAAGACGGACAACACAAAUCCAACGGCCGUCCCAUCCAUAUCAGCGCCUAUCAACCUCAUGGAAAGGGAGAGAAAGCUCCGUUUAAGUUUGCCACACAGAGAGAAGACAACAAAUUGUUUGUUAGAAAUGUCCAUUACGAGGUUACAGAAGCUCAGUUAAAGGUAGGAAGGGCUGGGUUGUACUGUAAUCACAAUAUUUGUUUUUGUUUUCGUAUUAUUAAAUAUUUUUUUUUGUCGUCAGCAUAUCGUAUUAAUUGAUUUUUUCAGGAAUUUUUCGACAAAUUUGCCCCAGUGAAAAGCGCUCGAAUUGUGACUCGUCCAAAUGGAUUACCCAAAGGCAUCGCUUAUAUAGAGUACAGUAAUCCGGAAGAUGCCCAGAAAGCUCUCGAGGCAGAUGGAAGGAAAUUACAUGGGAGAAAGAUCUCCGUGGCCAUCAGUGAUCCGUCAGUCAAGAAGGAGGCACCCAAGAAUGAACUUCAGAGAGAUGUUCCACCAAAGGAAAAGCCGGUUUUGGGAGUGGCAGAACAGAGAAAAGCCGUCCUCGCCUUCAAACCCAGGUCCAGAGUUCUAUUGGACAAGAAGUAG